GCUCAUACCGAGAGAUGGAAAUAAAUGAUUGAAGGAUUUUUGGAGGAUUGUAGCUCUUGUGUAACUGGGACUGAGGAGCUGUGCGUAAUUAACCAGUGGAAGUUUGGCGAGGCAGCGCGCAGUCUGAGCAACUUUCAGUGGAGCGUGGAGGCUUAAAUUAAAACCUGUUUUUUAAUAUUCUGGUGAAGCAAACACACGCAGAACGAAAAGUAAAUUAGACACAAAUUCGGGUGUUUAUCUGCAGGUGAUGCUUUAUCUCGGGAACGUUAUUGCGCAAAGGGAACGAUCCGCCUUUGACGCCGGGGGUGUUAUUUCUGUCAAUGGAGCGCAAAUGAGACGGUUAUCUCUACUGUUUGAUUGACAGCUCGACGACAGGAUGCGGGAGAGGGAUUUGCGAUGCGUGGGCAAGAGAUUGCUACUCCUUGGCGUCUGCUUGCUGUCUCUAUGGGGGCAGCUGAGCUUGGCCUCCUCACACCGCAGUCACAUCGUGCAUGUCAAGGCGGGAACCUGUGAGGUCAUAGCAGCACACCGUUGCUGUAACAAGAAUAAAAUCGAAGAGCGUUCUCAAACUGUCAAGUGCUCCUGCUUCCCAGGCCAGGUUGCUGGCACUACACGAGCUGCCCCCUCCUGCGUGGAUGCAUCUAUAGUAGCACAGAAGUGGUGGUGCCAGAUGCAGCCCUGUAUGGAAGGAGAGGAAUGUAAGGUGCUGCCGGAUCUCAAAGGCUGGAGCUGCAGCACUGGGAACAAAGUCAAGACAACCAGGGUCACACGGUAGUCUGAGCUAAGAGCGUUUGGGACUCAUCAUCGUUUUCUAAGAUGAUAUAAAAAUGUAGAAGCUAAGACGGAAAGCCUGGGUGAGGACAUUGGAAAUGAAGUCUUUGGACUACAGUGGAAUAUCGAUACCCUUAUAGAUGGAAACUAUAAAUGAAAACUGAACUUUGCCUGCUGUGGGCAGCCAUCCAAACUUCCUGUUUUAUAACUAUUGAACUAGAACAUCCAUCAUGUAUAAUAUGUAUUCAACAUGAUAUCGACAUAUUGAAAACGGAGCAAGAGUUUAUGGAUUAAUACAGAUGUGCAAUGACAAACUGCAGAACUACCAAUGACAUUCUCAUUUUUAGAGACCACAGUGGAUUUUCACGACCCCUUUAAAACAGUGUAUGUGUUCCCGAGCCAGUUGUGUUCCCUUCUUUAUCCUUUAAUGCCAAUGUUCUUUUCUUCUCGUCAAGGAAGAGUUUAGAUUUUUGUGAGGUGUUCAUUUUUAAGGAUGAUACCAGAGCACUUGUGUUUUGAAAUGAACUUGUGCCAUUACAGAAAAAGCAUAAUGAGUAUUCAGAAAAGAACUGAGAUUCAUAAUGGCUGGAGUUUAGUAAAAUGAAUAUAGCUUUGCAAAAACUAAUUUGCUGUUUGUUUAAAAAUG